AUGAAACUUCUUUCAUUCUGUGUAUUACUAACGGCUAUUGUUUUACUUAUCGACGGCUCCUAUCAAUCUCAAGCGAAGAUAUGGUUUGCCAAAGCUGAUUUACAUCUUGAUUCAAGUCCUGUCUCAGUUGGUACAUUAACAUUUACGCAAGCAAAUGUUGUUGGAUCACCAGUUCGUGUUACUGGUACUUUAACAAAUUUAACGCCCAAUACUCGAUAUCAUGGAUUUCAUGUACACAUGUUUGCAUUACCCGAUGGCAUAAGGAAUUGUUCUCAAGCUGGUGCUCAUUGGAAUCCUUAUGACACAACUCAUGGCGGUCGAAAUGAUCCGACGCAUCGAAGACAUGUUGGUGAUCUUGGAAAUAUCUGGUCUGAUGUAUCUGGCACUGUCACAAUCGAUUUCGAAGAUUCCAUCAUUCAAUUAGUUAACGAAACGAAAAGUUCUAUUUUAAACAAAUCGAUUGUGAUUCACAAAGAUGAAGACGAUCUUGGUCGUGGUACCUAUAGCGACAGUCAUACAACAGGUCAUGCAGGUGAACGUAUAGCUUGUGGAAAUAUUCGACUGGUAGAUAUAGUUUCAACUAUUAGUCCAGUAACACGUGUUCUCUGGCCAUUCGAUUUGAAUACUAACGAUUUGAACAAUGUGUACAAGAGUGUUUCAGUGAACAAUCCAUUCUAUGUACCAUCACCAGUGAGCCAAGCGGCCAUUCAUCUUCGAUCACAGCUACGACAAUCAGUGACAGUUAUUCAGCCAUUCUUGAGCUUUGCUCGUAUAUCAUUUACAGUAGAAUGUUGGAUCUAUCCGACAUCAUUAUCUCAAUAUGAUAAUACCAUUCUCUCUCAAUGCCAAAAUCAACCAAAACGAAUAUGUCUACAAUUGGGUUUACGAAAUGCUACUCUUUUCAUGAGGUUAUUUGAAGAUGAUUUGAAAGGUAGCACAACACUCAAAACGAACAAUUGGUAUCAUGUAGCAUUUGUUUUCGAUGCAACAUCAUUGCAACAAACAAUCUAUCUAAAUGGCAAACAAGAUGCUACGAGAAAGGUAUCGAAUAGUUAUCAAGGUGCAGAAAAUAUUCUGACUAUUGGAACAACAGAAAGUACUCGAACACAUCAAACUUAUUUUGACGGUUAUAUCGAUCAACUUUCGUUUGUAUCAUUAGCCAAAAGUACUGAUGAAAUUUUGAAUGAUGCUACUAAUAUUAUUUCAACAACAAGUACAGAACUGAUUAACAAUCCAAACAUUCACUUGAACUCUCUUUCAUCAAUAAAUUGUAAUGCUCAAGCAGCAAUUAUUCAACAACAAGCAAAAACAAUCGAGCAACAACUUCUAAUGAUAAAGGAUAUCUGGCAAUCGAGUAUGGAAAUCGCAUCAUCGAUGUGGCAAAAACAACAACAACAACGGACUUGUGAAACUGUUUCUUCGUCUGAGCUUUCUAAUUGGAAAGCGUUCGAAUCCUGGUUACAUGAUUUUAGCCCUCCAAAUAGAAUUUGGUGUCCUUGGCGAGAAUACUGUACUCAAGUUCUAGAUCAAAAUGGCCAAUUAACCGUUGAAAUGAAUCAAAAAGUGUCAUUACCAUUUGAAUUACAUGCAUCAAUCAGCGAUAAUCUAACCAAUGACACUUAUAUACUUCAUCUUUCUCUCGACAAUCACCAAGUACAAAUCAGUAAAACAGUCAAUGGUCGAACAAUCAUUAUCAAUCAGACAAAUGAUUAUGAAUAUGUUUUACAUAAUGACGAAAGCAAAUAUUGGUGGAGUAUCGAUUAUGCGAAUUCAUUUGUUAAAUAUGGUCAAGGUGAAGUACGAGAUAGAUGUACAUUGAUUAGAAGUGAUGUUCCAGACAAUGAAAAAUCUAAUGUACGACGAAUUAAAUUUGUUCAUGUCACAUUUAGUAAUAAAAGUGACGUAGUGAAAUUGAAAGAUUAUCAAGAAAAAAUUAUGUUAAAGGUGGAAAUGCUGUACUCGUCGAUUUCACUAUUACGCCUUCUACUUUUAAUAUUGGGUCUUUAUCAUUCGAUUGUUCCUACUGCAUUAGCUAACGAUAUUAAAUGGAAAGGAAAUUGGGCUUAUAGCUGCGACUUUCCUGGCAAUGAUAUUAGUGAUGUUCAGAUCGCUGCUAAUCGAUGUGGUGCAGCAUGUUCUGCAACACCAGAAUGUAGCCAUUUCUCUUGGAGUUCAUGGCAAGGUGGCACUUGUUGGCUUAAAAAGGGAUUGAUUUCCAAGCAUAAAGCAAUGAAGAUUGAUGAUACGACUCAAAUCUGUGGAGUAAUAAUUGACCCAGAAAAAGAUGAUCCUCAGAUAUUAGGAUCUUCAGGUACUCGUAGAUCAUCGGGCAACAAAAAAGAACCGAGAAAAAUGGAUUUGAAAUCAGCUUCUUCUUGUUUCUCAUCAACGAAUUUCGAUAACUAUAUAACUAUGAUUCAAAACGAAGCUCAAUUAUUGAAAAACCAUGCUCAAAGAAUCGAAGAACAAAUGAGAUUAGCAAAUACUUUUCGAUCGAGUAUCGAAAAUCUUACCACAAUAUUACAAAGCACAGUAAGAAAACCAGCUUGCAAAGUUCAGUCGCCGACUAUAUCAACAAUAAACGGUACUAUGAUUCCCACAUACGAGUUUUGGCCACCAACUAAAGUUUGGUGUCCUUGGCGAGCCGAUAGUUGUACGCAGAAAAUUUCUCGACCCGGUCAAAUGACGAUUGUCAUGGAUGAAGAAGUACCAUUGCAAUUUGAACUUAUGCUCUCAACUAGUAACGAUCCAAAAAAUGAGACUUAUGCUAUUCGUCUUGUCGUCAAUAUGCAACAAGUACAAAUUAGUAAAAUAGUUCGUGGUAUAACAAUCCUUAUAAAUCAAACGACUGAACCCGAUCAUCUUUUACAUGAAGGAAAAGAUUUGUAUUGGUUGAGCAUCGAUUGGACAUCUUUAUCAGUUAAAUAUGGGCAGGGUGAAGUAAGAGAUAGAUGUACAUUGCUUCAAAGUUUUAUAUCAUCAUUAGAAGGAAAUGAUCUUCGACAGAUCCAGUUUGUUCAUGUCUCAUUUAGUGGUAGUCGUAUAUUGGCAGACUAUAAAUGGUAUGAAUACAAAGUGAAACUUAAAAUCAAUCAUUAUCCUGUUGUUCUGGAUCCGCCAUUGUUAAUAAUAGACCCGAGUAAUAAUACAAGUCCUGAUAUCUUUAUUAAGAAUUCUGCUGUGCUCUUGACACGUUUGGAAGAACCAUGUCAACGAUUAUACUCGGACAUUAUUAAUUGGAAAUUUCAGGACGAUGAUUUUCCUUAUUUUUUUGAAGCUAUCGAGCAAAGUAUUCAGCGAGAAUCAGGUUGGUGUCACAAAAAACUAAAAGAGAAAUCGUCAAGAUUCGGUGUAUCGACUCCGCGUGCUACUUAUUUAAGAAUUACUAUCGGUACGAACAGAGGCACUUCACCCGGUGUUCCCUAUGUUCUAGAAAUUUGGCCACCCGGUCAUUACAGUCCUAUUCAUGCCCAUGGUAGUACUUAUGGCAUUAUUCGAGUUCUAUAUGGUGGAAUUAAUGUGAAAUUCUAUCGAACAUUAAAUUUAAAACGCACAAAACCAUUUCACGAGGUGACGUUAUACAAAGAUCAAGUUACUUGGCUUUCACCUGGUUUGAAUCAGAUUCACAAACUAGAGAAUCGAUCGCCAAAUCAAACGUGUAUUACCAUUCAGGCCUAUGAAUAUCGAAGCAAUGAAAUUAGCCCUUAUGAAUAUUUCGAUUAUAUUAAUAAUGAUGGACUCAGUAUUAACAAAUUUGAUCCUAUAUCCGACAUACAUUAUUCAGAAUUUCGAGAUAAAAUGAAGACCGAAUGGAAUAAUGCAAAUUAA